UCUCUCCAUCAAUACAGUCGGCCAAUGACAGUGCCAGGGCUGAGGAAAUGGAUGGUGUGUCUAUUUUUAGAAACAGGGAAGGAGGGCAAACCAAAACUAAGCUAUGGAGGGAGAGAGAGGGAGGGAAGAGGAGGGAUGUGAGGAGAAGAUAAAUCUGCAUUCUACCGCUGCCUCUGGUCAGAGACAGUUUGAGCCACCGAGCACGCUCAAGGAGAAGCAGCAUCCCUGGCUGGAGACACAGCAUCAUAAACUAAAAUCACAUUUAGCUGCAAAAAGGCUGCAGACUGAUAUUUGAGCUUGCAGGAUCCGAGAAAAGAGGGAAAGACCAACUGGAUUUGACAAAAACAAAGCCAUGCGGCCGCGGUCCAGACUGCUGUCCAAGAGAGGACUCCUGCUGCCCACAAUCAGAGAGGGCACAGAGGAGACAGUGAGGGAUUUGAAUGAAGCCAACACACUCCACAUUGCUGGCCACGGCCAGGCUGUUUCUUCCGAGGACUACUUCCUCUCCAUCUGCCACCUGGCACACCCCACCUUCCCCAACAGGGAUGUUUCUCCGUACAACAUCCACACACGGGAGCCGGAUGCUGUCCACCAGAGGCUGCGGCUGUCACGGCUCAGUGGGACUUCAUCAGAGUUCAACCAUACAGAGGAGGCACAUACCAUCGAUAUGCAGCAGGGAGAGGGGAAAGAACUAGAUAGCAAACUCAUUUUUGGAAACGCUGACCCUCUGGAGUAUCUUUAUGGACAUCACAACAACCUCUCAGGAGAUAUGACGAAGACACUGGUCGAAGGCAAGUUUAUAAGGCAACAUGGGAGCAUAUGGAAGCGCCAGGUUGGCUCCAGAUCUCACAGCAUCCCCCAUGAUUCAAGUCCUGCCUUCCCACGCCAACGCAAGAGCAGCUGCCCUGAGUUACACACCAGCACUAACACUUCUAUUCCAAACAUCUCCCCAAAACACAGCUUGGCCAGGUUGGAGGCCAGGAAAGGGAACCCAGUGGACAGUGGAGUGGAGGGGGAGAGACAGCAUCCAUCCGUCAAACAGUCCUUCAUCUCCCAGUGGAUCGCUGACUGUAGGUCAGCGUGGAGGGAGGCGCGCAUGCGAGCCUGCAUGCUGCCUGCCAUUGCUGAGAUAUAGGGUGCAAAAAGACAGACAUGUGACGGAAGACAUCCCACAAUAAAUUAUUAAGCUUUUUCUGUCAGUGUAUGAGACAUUGACAUUAGGAGAUAUGUAGUAUGUGUAUUAUGCAGAUAUAGUAUAUAAGGGAUAUGCUUAAAUGCACAUUUACAGAGGCAAGUAAAUAUUGCCACAAUUUGUCUUUCUGUACCGACGUUAUAUCAAUGUCAAUAUUUACUACCUAUGCUUGAUGUAUGCUGGUGAUCAUACAAACUCAUAAAAAUAGACAAAUCUGCAAAACCUUUUUUUUACCUUCCAGUGUUUUGUGAAUUAAGUAUGUAUCAAUUAAACAUUCUUUUGAUACUC